AUUCGAAGAAACCGAUGGCGCACCGCCAUCAAGUUUGGGCCAUUCGCUCUUGUUUGUUUCGUCGUUGCACGACUUCAGCAAAACCUAAAAAACAGCUUCAUUCUUUACUUCUUUUCUUUCGCUUUCCCUUACUUUCUCUUUCUUACUUCAUCGCCCAAAAACAGCUGCGUAAUAUAUACAGACUUCAACAGGCUGGCCGGGUAUGGCUCUGCGGCUCUACUUCUUUCAGGUUCUUCUUGACGGCUCGGAGACUCUGAAAACAUGGCUGAAACUUGUUCCGAACUGCUUCACUUUGUUUCUAGCAAAAGACACGUACACCACGCGGAUGGCUCUACGUGCUGUGUGCAGGAGCGUCGUGGAGACUCCAAAAAUAUGGAUCCAAGAUGGUUCCUCAAAUUUCUCUAGAAGAACAUGUAGGCCUUCGCAUAGUCUAGCAAAAACAAAGUCGCAGAAUGGUGAGCGCAAGUCGUAAAUCUGAGUAGACCGCGCUGAGGCUCGUAGAAGUAUGUUGGGGGCCAAACGGACGAGGAGUUUGCUAAAGCUCAGUUACUGCGGGUCUUCUUCUAGCCUGGGAGAGGGCCAUAUGCUCCCGAGAAUGAAAUUGUGUGCUUCUCGCUGCGUGUGUGUUAUCUGUUUGUGUUUCGCCACGGAGCGGUAUAAUAGCGAAGGAGCGCCGGCCGCAAAACUUGCUUUAAUUUUAGCCCGACCAGCUCAAG